CAGUGAAUCAAGGGCUUUCCACCCUCCACGCUGAGUAGAAGGCGAGUUCCCACGCACACUGAGAGAGAGAGAUCUGCUAGAGAUCUACCUCCAGCCACGGACUACUACUCCGGGCUAAAUAUUAAAACCUGGCUUCCGGUGACAGGUACCAUGCGCAUUGACUGACUCCCUCGCCGGAUCCAAGACCUGCAUAUUGUCAUCUAGUCCGCACCAUUCCCUGAUAGCUGAAAGGAGAGAGCCUGGGCUGGAUUCUCAGAUGCUGUCUGCUGGUUAUUGCGCUGCAGUUGGCACCAGUAAGAGCCUUAAUGUGGGUCGAAGACCGCCCUGUGUCUUGAUGGACAGCCAAUUGAAUCUUCCAGCUCGUCGCAGAAUGUGUUAGUGGUGUCAUGACUGACACGGUGAUGAGCAGCAGCUCGGAUCGCUGGGCGCCCAACAACAGGCAGAGAACCAUGCACGCUAGUGAUAAAGAGCAGGGCAACUGGACCAUGCAGCCAGGCCCAGGUCCUGCUGCUCCAGAGCUGACAGAUGAAGAAAAAGAAAUUAUAAACAAUGUGAUCGCCCGAGCUGAGAAAAUGGAGGCCAUGGAGCAAGAGAGGAUUGGACGCUUAAUAAACCGCCUGGACGACAUGAAGAAGACUGUGUGUGGGGAUGGCCUCUCCCGCUGUGUGCUUUGCGGGGAGCAGCUGGGCACACCCGGGGUCAGCUCAGUGGUGUGUGAGGACUGCAAAAAGAAUAUGUGUACUAAGUGUGGUACUCAGUGCGGCAGCAGGCCACGAGCUGUGUGGUUAUGCAAGAUCUGCAGAGAACAGCGGGAGGUGUGGAAGAGGUCUGGUGCGUGGUUCUUUAAAGGGUUUCCUAAACAAUUCCUUCCUGCGCCCAUGCCAUUAUCGAGACCGAAAGACCAACGUGUUCUGGAAGCAGCAGAGCCUAAAGGGCCAAAAGCCUUCGAACCCAAGGAGGAAGCUACUCAACAACACGGUCAGAAUCAGCCCUCUGCUCCUAACAGUCAAGUUUCAGGAGCAGAGCCCAAAGGCCGUGCUGGUUACCCACCUGUGGCCCCUAAACCAUCGGCUGCGCGCAUGGCCACAGGUGGUGCUGGCCCUGAGGAGGCAGGACAGGGAAGCCCAGUGGUGAUGAAGAGGAUGGUACCUGUUCAAAGCGCCAGACCGCAGCCUAGUGUAACGCCCUCUCCACAGGGCCCCGUGGGACGAGAUGGAGGCGCUUACCCUUCUGGUGCAAUCCCUUCAGAGCAGAGAGCGCCUCCUGCUGUACGAGAGGACAGGAGGCAGCCCGCUGCCUACAGCGCUCCUCCGGCUCGACAUCAACCUCCUUCGGCUGAGGAGGAAGAGGAGGCCAACGACUAUGACUCUGAUGAAGCCACCACUCUGGGCUCUCUGGAGUUCAGUCUGAUGUACGAUCAGGAAAGCAACAGCCUCCACUGUAGCAUCCUCAAAGCAAAGGGUUUGAAACCCAUGGAUUCAAAUGGUCUGGCAGAUCCUUACGUCAAGCUUCAUCUGCUUCCAGGGGCCAGCAAGUCAACAAAGCUGCGCACAAAAACCUUGAGGAACACCCGCAACCCCGCAUGGAAUGAGACACUCACCUACCAUGGCUUGACAGAUGAAGACAUGCAGCGCAAGACCCUCAGGCUGUCUGUGUGCGACGAGGACAAGUUUGGCCACAAUGAGUUUAUUGGGGAGACCCGAGUGGCACUGAAGAAACUGAAGAUGAACCAGAAGAAAAACUUCAACGUGUGUCUGGAGAGAGUUGUCCCAACAAAGAGAACUGCAACAGCCGGCGGAGCUCGAGGCAUCUCCCUCUACGAAGAUGAGUCUGCAAAAGAUGGUGGAGAGGUUGAGGAACGCGGUCGCAUUCUGGUCUACCUUAUGUACAGCUCCCAACAGAACCGCCUCAUUGUGGGUGUUGUGCGCUGCGUUCAUUUGGCCGCUAUGGAUGCUAAUGGUUACUCUGACCCCUAUGUCAAAAUAGUUCUGAAACCUGACAUGGGGAAGAAGGGCAAGUGCAAAACUCAAAUCAAGAAAAGGACUUUAAACCCAGAGUUUAAUGAGGAAUUCAGCUUUGACAUUAAACACAGUGAACUGGCCAAGAAGACUUUAGACAUCUCCGUGUGGGAUUAUGAUAUUGGGAAGUCCAAUGACUACAUAGGUGGCUGUCAGCUGGGCAUCACUGCCAAAGGAGAGAGGCUAAAACACUGGUAUGAGUGUUUGAAGAACAAGGAUAAGAAGAUUGAGCGCUGGCACACCUUGAUGAAUGAGAAUCACACUGCUAGUGAUUAACUACCUGCAACAAACACAGCAUGAGCUAAAACAUCCCCUUACCCCCACCCCAUUCACCUCCUUGUGCACCUUUUGUAUACUGCCUUGUUUGUUUUAAUUUUAUGUCUAAUUUCACCACUUGACACAGACACUGCUCUCUACGUCCUCCCUGCCUUUCAGCUAGUGCUGAUAUUUAAUCCACUAAGGCUAUGUCCACAGACACCACAUGUAAUUUUAAAAAACAAACAAAAAAAAACCUCCAGGGUAUAAAUCUCAGUCCACACCAAUGGCCUUUAUCCACUGGAAAACGCAUUCAGGCAGUGCAUGUGGAGGAAAGGUCAAAGCAUGUUGAAAAAGAAGUUAUAAAAAAUACCCGUGUUUGUGUGGACUUAGCCAGAGAUUUCAUAAAUGUAUAUGCGUUGACCGACGACCAUAAUGCCACUCAGUGAUGUUAUAGUGUGUUGAGCCUGACACAAUGUUUACUUAAGAGGUAUUGAACAAGAAAAGCAAUAUGUUAUGUAUGGCACUGGAGGUCACAAUCAUUAUUGAGGGUCGUAAAAGCAGAGCGCACAUUCAUCGCAUUGACUUCUAGUGUGAUGAUGUCACAUCUGACACUUGAACUGUCCAAGCAAGCAUGCCGCAGACGUGUAAGACAACAUGCAGCUGCAAAUGUGCCCACCGUCCUCCUGAACAUAAUGUAUAUAGAAGAAAUGUUUACAUACUGAUACAUUGCUCAGGUUAGGAUAGAAAUACGAUAUAUAGAUGACUCAUGAGUAUUUGGAUCGCUCACCAGUUGAUGUUAUUUUGUGAUUAGAGCACACCAAGUUAAUUAUUAGGAGUAUGUGUGUGUGUGUGUGUGUGUGUGUGUGUGUGUGUGUGUAUGUAAGGUAAAUAAGCUGUGAAAUGUACGUUUAUGGUAAUUGGCACUCUGACAGGUUUUGUAUGUCAGUUUUUACAUUGAAUGCACACAGUUAGCGUUAGCAAAUUAGCCAGAAAGCAGAGGUGGAUCUGUUUUUGUCAUAAGUAUGUGCAGCUUUACCUGCAUGCACUGUGCUCGUGACUCUCAUGUGCCUGCGGCAGUACUGGCCCACUCUUACGACACACCAUUUGCACAAUGCAGGGUUAUUCUGCCACUCCCCCAACCAUUCAUGGCUUUAGCGUGUGUUCAAGGAUCACAGCAAACCAAGGAAAGCACACCUAACAAAGUGGAAUGACCUCAAUCUAUACAGCUGUUUGCAAGUUAUUCCGAAUACGAAAACAAGAAAUUCUAUGCAUGAUGUUUAUUGUAGUACAAGCAGUAUACAAAUCUAUAUAUAGAGAUGUACUGUAUACAGUUCCUGUAUAUAUGGUCAUAUACAGUAUAUAUAUAUACACUUUGUGAGAAUUAUGCUUAUUACCAUUGAUGUUUACAUCUCUUUCCUAAUGCUUACUUUACAAGAGGCCAUAUUCUGCAUGACUGUGUCAUAAUUUGAAUAAACUAAGAUAAGAGAGACACUGAUUUCAUAAGCCUCUACUCACACAAGCAAGCCUCUAACUGGUAGCAGUAGCAGAUUUAAGAGAAUCGUGUCUUUCAUCACUGUCUUUUGUCUCUGCACAACAUCUCUACCCCUUGUGGCAGUGUGUAAAGCACCUGUCAGUAGCAUCUUACACAUUUGCCUAUUUUGUGCUGCUUUGGCCACAGUGGUCAUUACAUGAGAUCAACACAAAUCAUGUUUGAUUUGCUUUAAACAGGCUUCUCUCAGAGCUAAACGGACAGCUACUGUAUCUUCUAUUUCAUUCUGCAAGUCUUUAUCUCUGUUGUUGUAAAUAGAGUAGUGCAUGCACUGGGGACAUGUAUGUUUGCACACAAUGUUGCAUGUAAAGAUUUUGCAGAGAUCAAUAAAAGCAACUAAAAGCAAUUCUUAUGUGGUUGACGGUAUUCUAGGGUAUUCAAGCCUUGAUCUGAGAACGUGUCUGCCUGAACUGCCUAAAGACAAAGGUCAAUGCAUGUAAGGAAUUGUUCACAGAACAGUAUUUACAACAGUUUCCAUUGCUACAGAGGGACUUGGGACACUAAGAGAGGAGCUAGAAAAAGCCUGCCAUAAAUACAUACAGUACAGUACAUACUAUCAUUUCAUCCUUUAUAGUCUGUUACAAUGACAACAACAUGAUUCAGACAAUUUGACAACACUCUGGAAUAUGAUUUCUGUGCAAUCCAUCACAGCACAAAGCAUGCACAUGGAUGUCCGAAGUAUGGCCCGUGGGCCAUUUUUAGUUUUAGGCUAGUUUUUUACUGACAUACUGUAAAAAAUAAAAUAAUUAUUAAUUAGAUAUAUUAGUAAUAGGGCUGUCAA